AUGAGGACCGCCAAUAGUUUUGGGUUCGACAAGUCAAUCGGGCCUCCGUACAAAGCGGCUGUACAAAGUUGCUUGGACGCCGAGCUUUUCCGAGAUGGACCAAUUGACCCUGCCAGGUUUGAGAAGGAUCUUGAGAUCAGACGAGAAGUUCUUUACGAGAAAGUGGUCCUGCCUCUUCGAGGGCUAUAUCAUGCAUACAAAGAUGACUGGGAAAUUCAAGAUUCUCCAAAGCCAACGAUCUCUCCGUCUCCAGCCACCAGCCACAAAGAGCGCAGUCGUCGAGAUAAAGCGCCUGAACGUCGACAAUUUACUGUUGCUAUCUUCUGUGCAUUGGAAACAGAAGCCGAUGCCGUCACUGAAGCCUUUGAUGAAAUAUGGAAUGAGAAAUGCGAGAGCUACGAGAAUGCAGGCCCAGAUAACAAUAGAUAUACUCGGGGCAGAAUCUUGGAGCACAAUGUCAUUCUCGUUCACAUGAUCGGUCCGGGGAAGCGUUGUGCUUCCGAGGCAGCCGCCGGUUUGCGGUGCACCUACCCGGAGAUCAAGCUUAUUCUCGUUGUAGGAAUUUGCGGAGGAGUUCCGUCACGUUCAGAAAGGAAAGGUGAACUUAUACUUGGCGACAUAGUGAUCAGUGAGAAAGUCGUCCAGUAUGAUCUCGGAAGACAAUUCUCCGAUAGAUUUGCGACGAAAUCGGGUCUGGAAGCUUCCUCCCGGCCAGGCCCAAGGAUCUUGGGUAUUUUGUCGAAAAUGAAAGUCACGCGAGAACGAGAACGGAUUGAGAAACAAAUUUCCCAGCACCUUCGCACCCUACAGGAUCGAAUCGGCCACCAGAAAGCCGGUUACCCAGGCACCGACAAAGAUGAACUUUUCAAGUCCACGUAUCGACACAAACAUCAUCAUCCACCGUCGUGGGAUCUCUGUAGUGUUUCCACAGCAGAGACAGACCCAGUUUGCGAAGCCGCACGAACUUUGUCAUGUCAGGAACUGGGAUGCCAGAAAGAUAUGCUAAUUUCGCGCAAGAGACUGGAGAUAGCAUCAGUGACUGGGGAGCCUCCAAAACCCAAACUCCAUUUUGGUUCCGUUGGGUCUGGUGAUACGGUGAUGAAAUCUGGGGAGCAUCGUGACAGAAUUGCAGCUCAACAUGAGCUGAUUGCCUUUGAAAUGGAGGCUUCAGGCAUCCCGAGUAACCUGCAGUGCAUUGUCAUCAAAGCCGUGUGUGAUUAUGCCGACAGUCAUAAGAACAAAUAUUGGCAGGACUAUGCUGCCGCCGCCGCCACCGCUGGCCUGAUAUGUGCUCUGGAGGAGUUCACAUGUAAUGACUUGCAAAGAGCCUGA